AUGCUCGGCAGAAUGGCUACCUCUCCAGACUCCAGUAGCACAGUGGUUAGGCAGCAGCGGCCUUCCGUCACCCAGUCACCCGCUGUUGCAGGCACACGACGUUCGCCCCGGCCCAUCCUCCCGCAGCCGUCACCCCCCGUGAGUCGCUCCACCAACGAUGAACCGAGCAGCAGCGCGGCCCGUCCUCUGCCGGCGCUGCCGAAGGUGAAGAUUCCUUCCUUCCCGGAACAAACACGCCCCCAGGGACCUCCGAAGCGCAACGCGGAUGCCGACGCUCCUUCCCCACGUCAUCGCAUGACGAAACGCACUCGUCAUGCGUACACCGCCAAGGAGAAGCUCCACUGGCUGAAACUGCAGGAAUCGCAGCCGGACCUGUCGAAUGGAGCUUUGUCCAAGCUGGCGAAGGUGCAGCCCUGCCAGAUCCGCGAGUGGAAGCGGAUGAGGGAGCGUCUGGAGGUCGCCUCUGGAUGCCGCCGUCGCCUCAUGGGAGCUGGGCGCCGCGCGAAGUACCCGUUCAUGGAACGGGCCAUGUAUCGGCAGUUUCUUAAGCACCGCGCUAAGGGACUCGCCGUCUCGGUCAGCAUGCUGCAGCAGUGGAGCGCCAAGUUCAUGAAGCAUCGGAUGCCUGGCGUGAAUUGGCGCGCUUCACACCGCUAG